AUGCAGAACUAUACCUCUGUGAUGGAGUUCACCCUGUUGGGAAUUCCGAAUACUGAAGGGCUGGAGAAUAUGCUGUUUGUCUUAUUUCUGGCCUUCUACCUCUUCACCUUGCUGGGGAACCUGCUCAUCUUCCUCACCAUUCUGGUUUCCUCCAACCUGCACACCCCCAUGUAUUUCUUCCUGGGAAACCUGUCUGUGUUUGAUGUAUUUUUCCCUUCAGUAAGUUCCCCCAAAAUGAUGCUCUACCUAAUGGGGCAAAGCCGGACCAUCUCAUACCAGGGCUGUGCCUGCCAGCUCUUUUUCUACCACUUCUUGGGUGGCACCGAGUGCUUCCUGUACACUGCAAUGGCCUACGACCGCUUCGUGGCUAUUUGUCACCCUCUGCGAUACACAGUCAUCAUGAACCACAGGGUGUGUACCGGCUUGACAUUGGGCACUUGGCUGGGCGGCUGUCUACAUGGAAGUAUCCUCACAUUUCUGGUCUUUAAGUUGCCCUUCUGUGGACCCAAUGAGGUAGAUAAUUUCUUCUGUGAUAUCCCGGUGGUUCUGCCCCUCGCCUGUGCAGACACCUCUCUAGCUCAGACAGUGAGUUUUACUAAUGUGGAUGUUGUGACUCUUACAUGCUUCUUCCUUAUCCUGACUUCCUAUGGUCGUAUCGUCAUUUCCAUAUUGAAAAUCAGCACCUCUGAAGGCAGGCGCCGAGCUUUUUCGACCUGCAGUGCCCACCUGAUUUCAAUCUUCUUGUUUUAUGGGCCAGUGAUGCUCAUUUAUCUCAGGCCCACUUCCAGCUCCUGUCUAGACUCUGUUAUUCAGGUGUUAAAUAACAUUGUCACUCCUUCUCUUAACCCUUUGGUUUACACCUUAAGAAACAAGGAUGUGAAAUUGGCUUUGAGGAGAGUAUUCACUCAAAAAAAUCUGGCAUUGGACUUGACUCAUUAUAUCUCAAGUAUUAUAUCUCAAGUGAGAAACUGGUCAUGA